AUAGGGCUAUGCGUCCAGAUUACAGCAUGAUGAUGGCGCAGUCGAGCGUACACCGCGAAGCGACCCCGGGAGAAGACCGUGCGCCUUCGCCAUUUCGCACCGGAUCUCUCCGCUUCCCCUCUCGCUUCAGCACGAAACUCUGCCUCGGUACCCUAGCGGCUUACGCGCCAACGGUUAUUCCUCUGCUGUGGGCAAUUUUUCCUAUCCGCCCCCUUGAGCAGGAUCUUUCCACGGCCGACCCUGGAGCUGGCGUCACGACAGCGUGAACUUUGUCAUAUGUCGCCUCGCGCCUUCCGGCCAUGGCUGUCCGAUCAUCGUUAACGGCAGUAUCGUACACAAAAAGUCACAAGUGGCUGUUGAAAAUCCCCUGAACAUUUUGCCUGGCUUGAUUAGGUGUACGUUACCCGCCGUGCGUGGCCGACGCCGAAGAAGCUUCGUUCAAUAUCUUCGGUACCUCGAUGUCUUCUCCCACAAUACUCCAUCGCUCACUCAUGCUUCCAUGUUAGUACUAAAUAAAUAAAAUAUUUCACCGGUUGUUGGGCGAUCGCGCCGACAUGUUUUCUGUGGUCGGCUGGCC